AUGGCAGUCUCAUAUUUGAAAGGACUCUGUACAAGGUACAAUAAUUUGUUAGCUAAAGAAUUAGACAAAAGUGGAUAUAUGAUAGCACAAGGGAUUCAAGAUGAAAGAGUGUCAACACAAUCAAGGCAAGUUGUAUCAGCAGAGCGACGAUUAAAGGAUUUUGCAGCAAAACUUGAAGAAAGUAUGAAAGAAGAUUUACUUAUAUUAGAGGAAACUCUCUUAGCUGAAUCUGAAGCAGUUGUGAAUUCUAGACCACUUGUUUAUAUUGAAGAUGACAUAAAUUCCAAUAUUAUUCUUACACCAGCACACUGUCUAACUUUGAACCCUAAAACAGGAUUUCCAGAUCAUAACGAAGAAGAUUCUACAGAUCCAGAAUAUUUACCGCAAUUCAGUAGUGCUAAAAAAUUGCUACUGACAUGGCAGAAAGGACAGAAACAUCUAACUAUGUUUUUGAAAACAUGGAUAGAUAAGUAUCUUCUUAGUCUAUGUGAAAGGACUGCCUACAAACUGAGAAGUGGAAGAAUUCAGUGCAAAACUCCAGCUAUGAUUGGUGACAUAGUUUUAAUAAAGGAAAACCUGCCAUGA